GCUAAAAAUUGAUGACUCAUCGUCAUAUUUACGAUAUGUUUAGAAAAGAAAAUAAGCAAACGAGUCCGCACAAGGCAUUAAAAGUUUUGAAAUCCUCCCCCACGUAACGUCAACGUGGCUACCACGCAAGAGCGGAAGCGGAAACGGCUUUUGAUAAAGCGGGUCACCCCCAGGAGCCCCCACAAAAAUAAAUGACGACCUAAUUUAACGCCUUCCCCCACCUAGCCGCGGGGAUUGACGCAUGCGCUAACGGUGCGCUCGAGUCUACGGAUUGUCCGCUAGCCUCGCGCGCAGCCCCUAGAAAGGCACGCUCGCGUCGCUGAUUGGCUGACGGCGAGAGGGGCGUUCCCAUUGGCGGGUAUUUCGAGGCCGGAGGUUCGGAGGCAACCUUGAAAACGGAGCGAACGUGCGUGCGAGGCUAGGGAGGGGAAGGACAGAUAUUUCAACAUCGACAAAUGAAACAAGGCUGCGCGGUACAGCCACAGGCAUGUUCAGCGAGACCGAAAUGCCAAAAUCACGAUCAUAUGACGGUCGGUGUACAUGCAGCCGCUAGUCCAACACAGCGCAGAGUUCGAGUUCGUGGGCCGUCAUAACCUGAGAGCUCGUUUUCAAUGCCCAGGAGCCCCGCCGACGCCGUCGACGAACAAACUCCCAACCGAACGCAUAAUUUUGCCCGCUUUCCCGGAAAGUUGAGCUGCAGGGCGACCCAGUCGGCCUGGAGUCUGGACUUGUGAGAUGGAAGUGCUGGACGACGUCGACGACUUGUCCUAGUGGAAUCGGAACCAAAACAUGGCGAUGCCUCCUGUUACCGCCUUUUCAGCGCCGAGCCAGGCCCAAAUCGGAGGAGGUGCCAAAGUGAAGGUGGAGCGAGCCGAUGAGGCCGAAAUCCAGGCUAUUGCCAACAAAAUCAUUGAGCAAAACCGGGCCACUGAAGCAGCUAAUAAAGCCAAGCAGGCGGCCCAAGCAGCAAAUGUGGCCAGGCUGGUGCAGAGUGGCAUUCCAGCCGGCUCCAUCCAAAACUACUUAAUUCGCACCCCGAAUGCUUCAGCAGCUGACAAGUCCGACGUCCAGCCGGUCGAGGUUUCAGCUAAAAAGUCUGAUGCGAAAAGCUCCGAGCCGGCCAUCGACGAAGAAACACAAAAGGGCCACUUUGGUUGGGAGACCAUCUUAAAAACGCACUUUCCGUACGUUUUGAGAAGAGGCCAAAAGUACAGCUCUGUGAGAAUCAUAGACUCAAAAGUGCUUUUCCACUACUUGUCAGUCCUGAGGCCCGAAAUCUACACCUGCACAACCAUCAGGAGCGAAUACAUGACUGAGGCUGAGGCAAGAAUGUUCAAUGAAAUCAACACAAAGCACUGUGACUCAACUUACGGAAACGUUCUGUUCACCAACCACGACCUCCUCGUGAAAGUGACUGAUGUCUGCGAAUUCUACAGGUUCCUGGACAUGUGUGUGAAUAAAUUGUGCAAUGACCGAAGCCAACCCGGUGACCGUUGUGGUUUUGUGCGAAUAAAUGGCGAGUCGGUAGUGCCGUACACAAUCAGUGGACCCAGCCAGUUUGUGCCUCUCUUCUACUUUGAAGGCGAGACGGACACUCUCAAGCUCAAGGCUGAAAAGCUCGGUGGCUGGGACCUGUCAUACCUCAAGUUCUGUUGCAAGGUGCAAGGCAUACGCAAUGAGUUGUUUGCUUCGGAAACAUGUUCUGUGAUCAGCUUGGACGACAUCAAGUCCUACUUCCCGCCAGGCACCAUUUUCGAAGACUACUGGCCGACCAAGGGUGUCGACAAGAGCUCCCUGAUUGACCCGACCAAGAGUCAGUUGAAGGGUGCUGUACGAAGCGGCGCCUGGACCAUUCAGCCCAAGGAGCCUCCACCACCUUUGCCCAAGGUUGUACCAAAACCUGUCAUUCCAGCAACGCCUGUUGCGCAAGUGACGAACGGCUGGAACGGCCUCAUGGGAGGUCAGUCUCAAUAUCAGACUAGUAGUGUUGUGCAGCAGCAGCAACAACAGCAGCAGCAGCAAUUCAACAGGAUGGGGCAGACCAGCAUGAUCCAGAAUAACUUGUAUUCCAUUGGCGGAUUGAUCUACAACACUCAAAGUAGUCAAAAUGGCCAGACCACUAGUUAUUACAACCAGGUGCAUUCUAUGCCAACGGGUGCGACCCCUCAGCCACCACCUUUAGUUAGAACAACAACUACUUCCACUAUGAAUUUGACUGCAAAUUUGAGGCCCUCACCCGCCUACCCAGCAACCACAACCAGACAGGCAACAACCACAAAUCUGAUCACAUCGACUGGAAGGAACACGUCGAUUUUGCUCAAUCAAGCUAACUCGGGAUCGACAGCCGCAGCACUUCUUGCUGCGCAAAUGCUCCACAGUCAAAAUCAGCAACAACUCUCAAGACAGCAAUCCAGCCAGCAGCAAAUUCUUCAGCAGCAGCAACAACAACAACAACAGCAGCUGCAGCAGCAACAACAACAACAGCAGAGAUUGCGCUUGCAGCAGCAAAUUCAGUACCAACAAGUGCAGCAGCAACGCACCCAACUACAGCAGCCCACCGUGCAGAGGGUGAACAACAAUAUGGCCCAGCUGACGCAGCGACUCCUGCAGCAGAACAACAGCAGUCAGUUACAAAUCCAACUGCAGCAGCAGCAGGCAGCCGCAGCCUUGAGGCAGCAAGCAGCUGCAGCCAACAAGCAACACACAACCCCACCUCCACUUGUUCCCACAAAUGGUUUAAGAACAGUGGAUUCUCAAAAGUUGACCACCAUCCCUGAAGUUACGAUUCCACCUGGCAACAGCCACGCCCCAUACAAGGUUCAAAAGGCACUAGUCGAAGAUGUGUUGACCCCGUGCAUAAAUUCAAAACCAUACCACAAUUCUGAGCUUUUGAUGACCAUGCCUGAUUUGGUAUCAAUCUUCUUCCCAAAUACUCAGCUUCACAAUUGCAGAAAAGUUCUGCAAGAAGUUUUAAAUAUUGAGCUCUUCAAAGGAAAUACGCUGCAAAUGAGGGCUUUGAUGGAGGCUGGAAAGUGUAGCUCCCUGAAUGAAACUCUUCCUCUGAUCCAAGUGCGUGAUGUGAUGAAGUUCUACCCCCAGAUCUCGUACAUUCUCAAAGUGAAGAGUUCCGAAAUGGGAAACGCAAGCAAGCGGCAGAGGGUCAGUUGACCGGAGGAGCCACCGCAGAAGCAUCCCCAUGACUGGUGGUAAAGUUCUGCAGUGGACUUAAAAAUUCUUCCACUCAAAUUCAAAAGUUCCUGGUCACAUUUUCAGUAAAUUUGUUCAUUUGGCGUGUCUGCUUAUUGAUUUGAAAAUUGUCCAGCCGGUAAGACUUCUUCUCUCAUCGCACGACUGAUUGUGAGGAAUAAAGUUUAAGCGUUAAAAGUAUUUUGCGAUCUUCAUUGCUCCCGACCUGCUAAAUCAACCUACAGAAUCAAAUACAAGGACUAUGGGAUGGAAAUUUGUGCAUCAACAAGAAAAGUGCAUCUCGAUAUCCAAAAAUGCAAGUGAGCUACAUGAAAGGCUAGUGAAACUAUGUAAAUAUUUGUAAAUGAACGCAUUUGUUGAUACCCAUUACUAAGGUUAAAACAGAAUGUUGGAGGCACCGUGGGACAUGUGAGCGCAUCUUGUGUUUUAGUAGAGCACUGAAAUCUGCUUAAAUGCAUAAUUAUAAACUGUUGUAUUGCCACUCGGUUAUAAAUUCGCUUCUGUGAACAAUUUACGGUUUAUUUAAUUAGUUUCUUUUUGUGACUGAUACGAUCUUAAAAGAUCAAAAAUGACUAUUUAUUAAUUUAUUGAUUUUCAUGUAUAUUUCUUUCACAGAAAAAAACCGAGAAAGGAAUUUAUGUUACGUAACAUAAAAUAAAAUCUUCAAUUUUCUACUGGA